UGUGUUCAGCAGCAUGUUCUGGAAGCAGGCGGCCAUCUUGCCUGGAGCCUGAGAAAAGGAGAGACAGAAGAAACGGGUGACACUGGUCUCAGGGUCGCCCCGGGGGCCUCAAGAGCCGGAGGCAGCCCCGGAGGUGGUCCUCGAUCCUGGGCUAUGCUCUUGGACCCAAGAACGGAAGGCGGAGGGUGGUGGGGGCAAGAUGGGUGGGGAACGUCAAACCAGGAUUGCUAGGCGGGGGAGGAGCGUUGCUAUGGCGACCGGGGAGGGGCGGGUAAGGUAUGAAUUGCUUUUGUGAGUCACCCGGGUGCUGCCCAGGAAGGGCCGGGCUGGGCUGGGAUGAUGACCAUGAUAACAGCUUGGUGGGAUUUCGUGACAUUCCCAGCGUGGAGGGACCUGGUGUCACAGCCACCUUGUGGAAGGGGCAGAACUAGAUCCUUUCGCUUGAGAUGCUGACAUUCCAAGCCCUUGUCCUGCAGGCUUCCGCGGGCGGACACGCCAGAGGAGGAGGCCGGGGAAUGGCCGCGGUGUGGCAGCAGGUCUUAGCAGUGGACGCGAGAUACAACGCGUACCGCACACCAACGUUUCCACAGUUUCGGACCCAGUAUAUCCGCCGGCGCAGCCAGUUGCUUCGGGAGAAUGCCAAGGCUGGGCACCCCCCAGCACUGCGUCGGCAGUACCUGAGACUACGAGGCCAGCUGCUGGGCCAGCGCUACGGGCCCCUCUCUGAGCCAGGCAGUGCUCGUGCCUACAGCAACAGCAUCAUCCGCAGCAGCCGCACCACCCUUGACCGCAUGGAGGACUUUGAGGAUGAUCCUCGAGCCCUGGGGGCUCGUGGACACCGCCGUUCUGUCAGCCGUGGAUCCUACCAGCUGCAGGCCCAGAUGAACCGAGCAGUCUAUGAAGACAGGCCCCCCGGUAGUGUGGUACCCACGUCAGCAGCUGAGGCAAGUCGGGCGAUGGCCGGGGACACUUCGCUAAGUGAGAACUAUGCCUUUGCGGGCAUGUACCAUGUUUUUGACCAGCACGUGGAUGAAGCAGUCCCCAGGGUGCGCUUCGCCAAUGACGACCGACACCGCCUGGCCUGCUGCUCACUGGACGGCAGCAUCUCCCUGUGCCAGCUGGUGCCCGCCCCACCCACCGUGCUCCAUGUGCUGCGGGGCCACACCCGUGGUGUCUCUGACUUUGCUUGGUCUCUCUCCAAUGACAUCCUUGUGUCCACCUCACUUGAUGCUACCAUGCGCAUCUGGGCCUCUGAGGACGGCCGCUGCAUCCGGGAGAUCCCUGACCCUGAUGGCGCUGAGCUGCUCUGCUGCACCUUCCAGCCUGUCAACAACAACCUCACUGUGGUGGGGAAUGCCAAGCAUAACGUGCACGUCAUGAACAUCUCCACUGGUAAGAAAGUGAAGGGUGGCUCCAGCAAGCUCACAGGCCGUGUCCUGGCUCUGUCCUUCGAUGCUCCUGGCCGGCUGCUCUGGGCAGGUGAUGACCGUGGGAGUGUCUUCUCCUUCCUCUUCGAUAUGGCCACAGGAAAGCUGACCAAAGCCAAGCGGCUGGUGGUACAUGAAGGCAGUCCAGUGACCAGCAUCUCUGCUCGCUCCUGGGUCAGCCGUGAGGCUCGGGACCCCUCGCUGCUUAUCAACGCUUGCCUCAACAAGCUUCUCCUCUACAGGGUGGUGGAUAACGAGGGGACACUGCAGCUGAAGAGAAGCUUCCCUAUUGAGCAGAGCUCACACCCCGUGCGCAGCAUCUUCUGCCCCCUCAUGUCCUUCCGCCAAGGGGCCUGUGUGGUGACAGGCAGUGAGGACAUGUGUGUGCACUUCUUUGAUGUGGAGCGAGCAGCCAAGGCUGCCGUCAACAAGCUGCAGGGCCACAGUGCACCAGUGCUUGACGUCAGCUUCAAUUGUGACGAAAGCCUACUGGCUUCCAGUGAUGCCAGUGGCAUGGUCAUCGUCUGGAGGCGGGAGCAAAAGUAGGGUUGUGCCAGCCCCACUGCUGUCCCCUGUUCCACCUGCACUCCGCCCCAGCCUUGUGUUGUAAAUAAAGUUUCUGUGGUUGUGCUGAGGGACAGCUCCCAGAUCAGCCAGGAGGUAGCAGGGGAGGGGACGGCUCCA